AUGGGCUUCCCCAAGCUAACCCCCGCUUUCACGGCUCAUGUCGUCAUCGACGCCCCCUCGCCCGUCGGCUCCACCAAGGCCGCGGGGCUCGUCCACGUCCCCUUCAUCCCCGGGCUCGGCACCUUCAAGUCCGAGCCGUCCUACGCGCUCCAGCUCGACGGCCAGAUCGAGCACGGCGCCGACUACAUCACCGUCGACCCCAACGGCACGCGGGCCCGCCUCGACGUCAACAGCCUCGUCAGGGACAAGGCCACCGGCGCCUUCGUCCGCGUCAACUACCAGGGCGUCAUCGACCUCACCAGCCCCGCCGGCAAGGUCCUCGGCGGUGCGGCCGAUGCCAAGACGACCGACUUCGGAGAUGCUUUCACCUCCUGGCAGCUGCAGUCGGGAGACGAGAAGCUCAAGGCCCUCGAGGAUAAGGUCUUCGUGGGCGCCGGCAGGUUCAUCCUCGAGCAGGGCAAGCCCGUCAUUGUCGAGUACAAGAUCAGCGAGGUCACGGUUUAG